AUGGCGCCUCCCACAAGUACGGCUGCGGCCAAGGGGUUCGAUAUUGUCGCAACAUACAAUGACCUCCUCCGCUCCGACCCCGAUCUCACCAUGCCCAUCGCGGCCAUUGAAGCCCUGGUGCUUCUCCUCACACACUCAGCGGCAUCCACUAUCUCAGAAACCUUGGAUCUACUGGCAAAGUCCACCGCCCACUUGAAGCAAUCGAUCCCCAACCCAAUCGGCCUCUCCGCCGGAACCGAUCUCUUUCAGCGCUACCUGAUCACCACGUUACAACGGCCGGGACAGCUUGGGCCCGCGGGUGACUUUAAGGCUAUUCGGACGCAUCUUUUGUCUAAUGGACGACUAUUCAUUCGACGCGCCAAGGAAAGUCGAGAAAAGAUUGCGGCGUUUGGAAGAGGGUUCAUCCGGGAUGGCAGCACUGUGAUCACCAACGGUGGCUCUAGGGCUGUCGCAUCGUUGUUGCGGAAAGCUGCAGAUGAAGAGGGUGGUCCGUCCGUUGUGCGCUUCCGUGUGAUUUAUGUCAUGUCGUCGACCAGCAAGGGCUUGGACGACCCGUCCGGGGAACCCGAGGGGAUGGAAACCGUUCGAGCCUUGAGAGCAAAGGGCGUUCCAGUUGCUACGAUCCCGGAAUCAGCGGUGGCGUAUGCUCUGGGGAAAGCGGAUAUGGUCAUCGUGGGUGCGGAGGGAGUGGUGGAGAACGGAGGCAUCGUGUCUCGCAUGGGCACCUACCAGAUUGGUCUCCUUGCAAAGGCGAUCGGGAAGCCAUUUUACGUGGUCGCAGAGAGCCACAAGUUCGUUCGGUUGUAUCCGCUGGGACAGUACGACUUGCCCAUUGAGCAGCACGUUAUCGAGUUCAAGUCCGAGGAGGACAUUGCGGAGGAGAGCCAACAGCAAGCAUCGGCGGCCGGCACGAAUGCAGACGGACCGAUUGAGCUGCCUCUGUGUGACUCGGUCGAUUUCACACCACCACACUUGAUCUCUGCGCUGAUCACGGAUAGCGGUGUCUUGACGCCUAGCGCCGUCAGCGAAGAGCUGAUCAAGAUUUGGUUCUAA